GUCUAACAGUAGCAGAACACCUCCUCCUGAUCCCACGCUGACAGGAGGCUCUGACGAUCCAAUCACGACGGCCAAUCAGUCAAGCCCAUCCUAAUUAGCCGGCCGCUCGAGAUCGGAUCGUACCCGUCGUAGAUCAUCGCCCACUAACAGAUCUCUCUCUCUCUCUCUCUCUCUCUGCUUCUGAGAUGACGGAGAUGGUGGUGGCGGCGCGGGCGCCGGCUCCGGCGGCGGGGAGGUGGGGUGCGGCGCCGCCGCAGGAGCUGCUGGAGAGGCUCAAGGACUACGGCCAGGAGGGCGCCUUCGCGUUCUGGGACGAGCUCGCGCCCGAGGAGCGCGACCACCUCAUCCGGGACAUCGAGAGCCUAGAUCUUCCUAGGAUCGAUCGGAUCGUUCGGUGCUCGCUCAGGUCACAAGGCGCUCCUGUCCUGGCGGUUGAGCCUGUCCUGGAGUCGAAUGUCUCGACGGUGGACGAAAGAACUCCUGAGGACAAGGAAAGGUGGUGGAGGAGGGGCUUGAGAGCCAUUUCAGAAGGGAAGUUGGCUGUCGUUCUUUUGGCAGGUGGUCAGGGGACUCGGCUUGGCAGUUCUGAUCCUAAGGGAUGUUUCAGUAUCGGGCUUCCAUCUAAAAAGUCAAUUUUCCAACUACAAGCUGAACGGAUUUUGUGUAUUCAGAAGCUGUCUGCUCAAUUCACAGAUGCCCCAGGUUGCACGGUGCAGAUACACUGGUAUAUAAUGACUAGUCCCUUUACCGAUGAAGCCACCCGCAAAUUCUUUGAAAGCCAUAGAUAUUUUGGCUUAGAGCCUAACCAAGUGACCUUUUUCCAGCAGGGUACUCUUCCAUGUGUAUCUCCUGAUGGAAGAUUUAUUAUGGAAACACCAUAUAAGGUUGCGAAGGCUCCUGAUGGCAAUGGCGGAGUAUACGCUGCUCUAAAAUCUAAAAGGUUGCUGGAUGAUAUGGCUGCAAGAGGUGUUAAGUAUGUAGAUUGCUAUGGAGUUGAUAAUGUGUUGGUCCGUGUUGCAGAUCCAACAUUCCUUGGAUACUUCAGUGACAAAGGUGUAUCUGCUGCUGCAAAGGUUGUAAGGAAGGCAUUUCCACAAGAAAAAGUUGGAGUAUUUGUUCAGCGUGGCAGGGGUGGACCUCUCUCUGUGGUUGAGUACAGUGAAAUGGAUGUAGCUAUGGCAACUGAAAUCAAUCAAACAACAGGGCGACUUCGUUAUUGUUGGAGCAAUAUCUGCUUGCAUAUGUUCACUUUGGAUUUUCUGAAUCAAGUAACAAACAGUCUUGAAAAAGAUAGCACUUAUCAUCUAGCGGAGAAGACGAUUCCUUCAGUCCAUGGGUUCACAACUGGCUUAAAGCUUGAACAAUUUAUAUUUGAUGUGUUCAACUAUUCUCCUUCAACGGCUCUUUAUGAGGUUUUGCGCGAGGAGGAAUUUGCACCAGUAAAGAAUGCUAAUGGUGCAGCUUAUGACACUCCUGAUAGCGCCAAAUUAAUGCUGCUUCGACUUCACAGCCGAUGGGUGGUAGCUGCAGGUGGCUUCUUGACUCAUUCGGUGCCCUUGUAUACGACAGGUGUCGAGGUUUCUCCGCUUUGCUCUUAUGCCGGAGAGAACCUAGAAGCCAUAUGUCGAGGAAGGACAUUCCAUGCACCAAGUGAGAUUUCAUUCUAGGCAUAGUGGUUGUCGAAAGCAGCAGUCCCAAUAGAAGAAGAUGAUAUCUGCCCAACUUUGAUUAUGACAUGACAACUCUUGCAAAUAGGAUGUUGAUAUUAGUCAACCAUUGUAUGUUCUGCAUGGAGCAAUUAUUGUAAUGCAACGCUUCGAGUUGCGCCCUUUCUGCCCUAGCAUUAUUAGUGUAUUGCAGUCACAUGUGCUGCUCAAAUGUAGAUUAUUACAUGCUUUUGUGUAAUCUUUGUCAAAAAUAACAUAUCUCUGAAAUACUUAUCUUUGCACAAUAUUUAUUGUUGAUUGUA